AUGAGCGAAAGAGGUUACGACAGUGAUGCGCAGUUCAUUUCCACUCCAAUUCACAUUGCGGACAAUGUAAAGGCUGCGGCCAGCAUCGGUCGUAAGGGUGUAACCCCUGCGCAACCCCACCGCGACGAAGGGAACAGUCUUUAUGGAAAGGACGACAAGUGUCCGGUUUAUCAGCAGACAGAAGUGUCAAUCAGUUCACCGGAGCAUGAAGGCUGGAGUCCGCAGGCAAUGCAUGGCAUUUUUAUCUCCCACGAACCAAGUGUCCAAAGCCUUAAAGCCAGAGGGAGUCUUCGUCCUUCCGCGGGCCUUAACAAUGAAGCAACCCCCGGCAAGAACAAUGCGGACUGCGGCCCUGUCCCAAUUGCUUCGGCUUCAGCAGCAUCCCUGAACAUCUUCGAUGGCAAGGACAUCAUCUCUCCUACACUCCAAGAACAGCCAGGAUCUCCCGGUCGUGGCUUUAAUAUCCCAGACCAUCCUCUCAAUCUGGUCAGCCCGUCAAUCGAGCACUCCCCAAAACUGCUUAUCACAAAAAGAAGACAACCACAUCAAGUAUCGACAUCCGAAGGCCAAUCGAUCCAUCUCACAGAUUUGGACAUCUCCAAGAUGCUGCCGUCUGCGUCAACUUCACCUCUGGUCCUAUCUCCCAGUCAAUCAAGCUACGAGAACCCAAACGGCAGCACCUCCGGUACUUCGGCCGCGCAAUACCAAGGCGGUAGCUUUGGAAGUCCCGCUAGAAUAUUGACACCGGUCUGGGAUGGAGGAGUAUUAAAGCUGGGGGUGCAAGAUGCGAGGCAAGCGUCUUCGUGCUACUCUCCAAGGACUAGCUCUACGUCCGCGGACGUUCCAGCGAAUAUUGAGAAGACAAUUAUGCAUCAAAACAAGAGAGAAAUCAGCUGUAGCAGGACACCUUUCGCUGCUCUUUCCCCUAAUGCUUCAUCUCGAAGCGUAUCACUCUUGGAAAGUCAUGUUCUGUCUUUGGAUCACGGCUCUCUUGGCAAAACAGAUGCUUUGAAGAGCAGAUUUACCGAACAGUUUGAUUUGAACCGGUCCAUAACCUCCCUCGGAUCCGUCGCAUUGAGCAGCGGAAUGACGUCGCCGCGCAAAGUCAGUAUUGGAUGGAUGUCGGGAGGGCGACGUCUCGGCUAUGGAUAUACUGUGGUAGAUGGAGACAAGGACGAAACUGCAGAGAAAGACUCCGGCAAGGCAUCGUCGACACGAGGGGAGUCAUCGACCAAACCCCAUAUUGCGCAUAUUAUUGAUCGUUUGCGAGUUUCCCGCUGGUCUGACGCAACUGCUCUCAUCAGAUCUUCAAAUGCCAGCGACUCUGCGAGUUGCGACUCUGUCAUCAAUUCUCACACCUGGCGUAGGUUCGCAGAUCGAAGAAAUAAUCACGCCGGCACUCAAAUGUCUGAUAACCGAAGAGCUCUAUGUAGUCUGAAACCUAGAAACUGCUCGAGCGACUGUGUGAGUGAGCGUCAUGCAUUGGGGGAGUGUGCGUCAGCCUUUAAUGAGAGUCUCCGAGACAGUUCUACGGAAUCUGCGAGAGAACUACAGUCACCACAAAGCCAACGAAUGGAACAGCACAAUCCUAAGAAUAGAGGACAUAAGCGUACAAUGACAUCAACCAAUCCUAGUUGUCAAUACGCCAUUGGUCGGAAGAAGGGAGCACAAACCAUGAAAUUGAGGUCCCCUAGUCGGAAGGGAUGCCGCGAUCCUGCGAGCGAUGAUGUAUCAAUGUCUUCGUCACAGCAUACUGUGAAGGAAGAGAAUUCACACAGUACUUCUCAAGACAAAGAAGGUUGCAUAAUCUCACAAGAUGCUUUGGAACGACCCAAGGUCCAGCACUCCCAUGGGAACAAUGAGGAACACCUCCAAUGCGAUGACCCGGAAUCAACCAUCGAUGAUUGGGCCAGCAUGUACCAAGACUGCCUCGAAUUGUAUUCUGACCCAGAGUGA